AUGCGGGCUGCGGCAGCGGCGCUCCUGCUCCUGGGCGCGGGCUGCGCCGCGGCCGCGCUCUGCUCGCCCACCGUCUUCUACCGAGACUGCUGGAUCCGCCGCUUCCCAGGCCUGCUUGUGGACCUGGAGGAGUCCCAGAAGCUGGGAGCUCAGUUCUUAAAAUACUAUUCUGAGAGCACUGGUCAGAAGUGCAGCAGGAGCUGCUGCCUCAGGAAGGACGUGUCCUGUAACUUGGCUGUCUUCUUCCAUGACCCUAUUCAUGACAAUGUCAACUGCCUCCAUGUCCACUGCCCAACACUAGAGAGUUGCAUAUUGGAGCCCGGGACCAGUGCCAUUUUGUACAACAUAACAUAUGGUAUAGAUCCAGAUUUGUUGGUUUUUGGACAAUCACCUCCUAUAUAUCCAAGUUCCCAUUCUUCAUCUGAUAGGUGGGACAGACUAAGGAUUCUAAAAGCUAUGAAUUUAUAUGAUAUGCAACAAGAUACCAAAAUAAACCAUGUUCUGCCCUCAAUAGAAGCUCUAUCAUCAACUACACCUCAAGAUUUGGUUGUACACAGAAAUAAUACCAGUUCUCUCAGGGAAUUGACCACGGAUUUGGGGGCAAGUUUCAUUUACCUGAAUGACUCCAUUACCACCAAGGCCAAUAUGGUUUUGCCAAAUGCUAACUUCAUCAACACUCUGCUUAACAAGACUAUCUCUCCCUUUUUUGUGCCUAUAGACACAAAACUUCCUCAUAUGCAGGUUCCACUCCAACUUAAUAGAAGCAAAGAAUUACUGAACAAAACCAAGGAGUACAACAGCAGAAACUACACAUCUGAAAAUGAUGAGUCAUCUGAUGGAGCAUCUGGGACUACCAAGAUCUGGCUGGCUUCUGUGGCCUUAUGUACCUCUGUCAUAUUUCUUUUCUGUUGUAUUCUUUGUUGUUCAAAGCAAGCAGGCCAAUAUAAAUUAAGACAGAAAACCAGAACCCAGACAGAGUAAAAA